AUGAACUCAGGGGUGGCGGCGAUGGGAGCGACGGUGGCGUGGCCUGGGAGGAGUGGGGUAGGGAUGAUGUGGUCGCGCCCUGAGGGAGGAGCGCCGGCGCUGGCGGCGUCGGCGGCGAGCGGAGCGUCGGCGGCGACUGGAUCAUCGGCGGCGGGACCAUCGGCAACAACUGGAGUAUCGCAGGGAACACGAGUAUCUGGGACAAAGAGGAAAGCGAUACAAGGAUCGGGGGAUGGAAAGGAGGAAGGUUUCGCGAUUCACACCGGGACGAAGCUUGGGUCAUCGGCUACGACCGGAGCAUCGCCGGGCUCACCGGCAGCGGGGAUGAAGAGGAAGGUGACGCCGACAUUAGGGGGCGGAGAGGAAGGUUUCAUACCCCACACCCGGACGAAGUUUGGGUCAUCAGCUACGAUUGGAGCAUCGCCGGUGACAUUCGCAUCGGGGACAAAGAGGAAGACGGCACCGGGAUCGGGAGACGUAGAUCAAGGCUUCGUGCCCCACACCCGGACGACGCCUGGAUCAUCGGCUACGACUGGAGCACCGGCGGGGACAUCGGCGUCGGGGUCCAAGAGGAAAGUGCAACCGGCAUUCGGGGACGGCGAGGAAACGUUUGUGCCCCGAACACACGCGAAGCCUGGAUCAUCGGCUACGACUGGAGCACCGCCGGCGACAUCGGCAUCGGGAGUGAAGAGGAAAAUGACGCCGACAUUCGGGGAUGGAGAGGAAAGGUUCGCGCCCCGGACGAAAGUAUCCGUGAAGGAGCAGGCACCAGCCAUGCUCGAAUCCGUCAGGCUCACGCGCUCAACUGCACGAGCGGCGUGGGUAGACUACAGCAGCAGCAACACGAUCAAGCGCGGGAGGGACACGGACGACCAGGCGACGGCAGAGGGGAGGAACACGGGCGGCAAGAGGACUAAGCACAACAAGUCGAUGGGGAACAAGAGUGCGACGGACAGCCCAUCAGCACCCGCGUGCAGGUCUCGUAGGGGCCGCAAGAGGAUGAACGGCGACGACGACGACGACAACGACGGCGGCGGCGGGAGCGCGGGAGACGGCUCCCCAGGGGCAUGGUCUGCAUCCGAGUCUCGGGCCAGCAAGCGCAUUCGCCUCACGCCUUCCGCGUGA